AACACAGUCAAGCUCCCAUCAUCCUCUGCGCAUAAAGCUGUACCACAGCUUUGGACACCAUAGCUCUGCAAGGAAUGUCUUCCGCGCAUAAAGACAAGAAGCCUCGUCUGUGGGUACCACACGACUGUCUCAGGAAAGCCACCUCAAUUUCGUCGAGGCGGACGGCCGUCGACACGCUCCUAGCGGAUGGUCUGCCAUAUUCCAAGAAACUGACAGGUCACACUUCCUGCGUCAAUGCAUUAACGAUAUCCAAAGACGGGCGAUGGCUCGCAAGCGCCGGUGAUGAUCCAUAUGUCCAUUUGUGGGACUUCAAUCAAGAAACAUUGUCGGAGCCUGCGUGGAAAUUUGUGGGACCGAAGUCGAAUGUUUUCACGCUGGCUUUCUCAGCCUCUGGUCAAUACCUCUUUUCAGGCGACACACGAGCAGACAUCCUUCAGUAUGAUCUGUCGCAUACAACUUCCCCUAUAGCUAGCAGAAGUGGCCGGCCUAGCCCGCCUCACGCCAGUGAUAAUCAGCAUGAUGAUAGCAUCCGUGAAAUAUCUUGUCAUCCUGAACAAGAUCACGUCUUCCUGAGCGCAUCAGAGGAUGGACGCAUUAUUCUGCAUGACAUGCGCGCCGACGCCAGACGAACUCGUGCUCAGGGAAUACUGCAGCAAAUUGCGCCCUUCUCAGCCGUCCAGUAUCACCCUAUCAUGACCCAGCUAUUUGCGACAAGCGAUACACAAGGUGCAGUCUGUCUCCGCGACGUACGAAUGGCGUUCGGCCCAGCCUCGCAACGCCAGCGCAAGGGCGUUGUGCACAAAUACGUCACCACAAUAGCAAAACAAGGUCAAGCGUGCAUGGCGAAACCGGAGACGAGCAGUCUGACGUUUGAUCGAGAAGGUCGCAAAUUAGCUCUCACAAUGCUUCACCACACCCCAACCCUUUAUACCUUGGAAGACCCUUACCCGAUCGCAACGUUCAGCGGGCGCCAUAACCCAGACGGGUCUCUCGUCCUCCCAGGGGAGCGUACAUGGUCUAAUAGCUGUACCAUGAAGUAUGGCACCUUUGGCGGCUUUGGGUCAGACCGAGACGACUAUUAUGCGCACGGGUCCGACGACUUCCGGACAUAUCUGUGGAAGAUACCAGACGAGGCUGCACUCCGCGAGCAGCGCGUCGUGAUCGACCAUGCUAAUUGGGAUACGUGCGCGGACGCAGGACAGAUCGGAUAUGCUGAGUCUUACUUCAGCCCCCGUUAUGUCCCAGCCGAGCUCUCUGUGCCACACGCUCGCCUCACAGGACAUGACUCUAUAGUGAACACGGCGCUCAUACACCCGGACCGCCCAUACCUGCUUACCGCCGGCAUCGAAAGAUACAUCCGCCUCCACAGCCCAGCGUCCGCCUCGCCCUCUACUGAGCCUCUGGAUCUCACACCACAAGAAGUGCGCACCGUCGCAGCAUCGGACCCGCACUCGCGCACUCUGCUGCUGCGCGCGAUGGGCAUUAUCGACGAUACGGUUGACGAGGACGACGAGGACGACCGAAACGCGAUCGCGCUCUUUGAUCAGAUCUUGCGAACGGAGGGUAACGGAGACGUGUUCGAGAUACGCGCGCUCGGACCGAGUCAAGAUGAUACCAGCGACGAGGACAGCGACGGGGAGAUGGUAGAUUCGGACUGA